GAUAAUAAACAAUAGCACUGAAACAAAUUAAAAGGCGUUCAAGGGCAUCGCCAGUAUACAUGUAAUAUAAAUCUUUAAAAAAAUGACAUGGAGUUAAAUAAAUAAGGAGAGUACUAAAUUCCUCUCAUUACAUAUAUUGAAUUGAAUAUAUACUUUUACGGGAUAGUUAUUCAAAUUAAAAGAAAGAAAUUAAAACUAAGACAACUAUUAAAUGCUUUUGGAUUAAAAAGUGUUAGUGUUUGUGAAAAUUGUUUCUUAAAAUGAGCGGUAGACGACAACUAAAACGGAUUGACGAAGAAGAUGAAUAUGCACUGAAGUACUACAUGCCAUACCCUCUACAUGUAGCAGCUAAGAAAGGUGAUAUAGAAGCAAUAGAAUUUCUUUCAAGGCGAAAACAUGUCAACUCCUACAACGAGGUCGGGCAGAUGGCACUUCACAUUGCUUCUCAUCAAGGUCAUUUGGAGGUUGUAAAAGUGUUGGUACAGCUUGGAGCUGAACUAAACACAUAUGAUAGGACUUCGGGCAAAACAGCAUUGCAUCAUGCCUGCUCUAAUGGCCAUGAAUCUGUUGUUGAGUUUUUACUUAAGAUGGGAGCAUCUGUGUAUGAUCAAGACAAGUGCGGUCGUUUUCCUUUGCAUCUCGCAGCGGAAGGUGGUCAUUGUGGUGUUGUGCGGCUUUUGGCUCGUGCAGGAGCUCUUGUCACGUGUCAAGACAAAGACUGUCUCGAUCCAUUGCAUUUAGCAGCAUUAAAACAUCAAGUGGACAUGAUCGGUAUUUUACAAGAACUUGGAACUGAUCUAAAUGCUGUUAACAAGAAUGGAGAAACUCCGUUACAUUUUGCCGCUGUUAAUGGAAGUAUUUUAACUAUCAAAAAAUUGUUCCAUUGUGGUGCUAAUCUUGACAGCAGAGAUAAGGUUGGAGAUACUGCUCUUCAUCAAGCUAUUCGUAAAGAAAAUCUCAAGUCUAUAGAAGUUCUAGCCGAGAUUGGCGCAGAUCUUUAUGCACGAAACAAUAUGAAAGAAUGUGCAAUUCAUCUGGCAGCACGAUUGGGUCGGUGGAGAUCUGUUAGGCAUCUUUUAACAGCUGGUGUCGAUAUUGACAUACCUUACAAGAAAGGCCUUCAGGCUAUUCAUAUUGCUGCUCAACAUGGUUUAUGCGAAGUGAUUAAAGUACUUAAAUUAGAACAUGUUGAUUUAAAUGCAAAAGAUAAGAAUAACAACAGUCCAUUACAUCACGCUGUGAGAAAUGAGCACGAGGAAGCUAUCCGCGUUCUAGUGGAAUUAGGCGCAAAUAUAAACGAACACGGGAAGAGACUUGAUACACCCUUACAUUUGGCGACAAAGGAGAAGAAAACAAAGAUGGUGCAUCUGCUAGGAUCUUUGCGUGCUGACUGUGAUAUAGAGAAUGAGUCAGCGUUAUGUCCCCUAUACUAUGCGGCGGUUAAUGAAGAUGUGACAACUUCUAAGUGCCUUAUUAGAUGCGGAGCUACCUUGAACCGACUUAACUCAGAAGGAGAAGGAUUGGUUCAUAUAAUGGUAGAAGAGGAGAAGUUAGAGGGAUUAUCUACAAUGAAAGAACUCAAAGCAGACUUCGGACUGUUGAAUGAGGGUGGAAUAACAUGUGUUCACAUUGCAUCCAGACAGGGACAAACAAAAGUGCUCAGACAUAUGAAAGAUAUCGGUGUGAAUUUAUGUGUACAAGAUAAGCGAGGGUUAUCAGCACUUCAUGCUGCUGUUAUUGAAGAUAAAGGUGAUGAAGUAGACAUGCUGAACAAUAUUGGUGUCGAUCUUGAUUGCAAGUCAAAGGAUUUUACACGCAAUACGGACACGCCACAACUUUGCAAAACAAGCUGGCCACCAAAUGAUGUCCAAAGGCAAGAUUAUUGGAUGAUCAGGGUUGGAAUGACACCUUUGCAUAUGGCAUUUUGCAUGGAAAAGGAUGAUCUUUUGGCACAUCUUGCUACUUGUGGUGCAAGUAUCAACCUUGGAAACGAUUUUGGUGAGACAAUUUUCCAUCUGGCCGUUUUGUUUAGCACAACAGAUUGGCUACAGAAGCUUAUUACACUUGGCGCUGAUAGGAAUUGCAAAGAUAAAUAUGGUCGAACACCUUUGCAUUAUGCGGCACACACGGGUAGUGUAUACUGUCUGCGUAUGCUACUGAAGUUUGGGGCUCUGAUAACAGAAACUGAUGACGAAGGGAGACAGCCGUUGCAUUACGCGGCAGAAUCUGGACAUUUUCUUCUACUUCCUGAAUUCACGGGAAACAAUCAUGUUGCCGAUAUCAACUGUAGAGAUAAUCGUGGACUGACACCAUUACACUUGGCUUGCAGAGGUGGACAGAUGGAAACAAUCAUUGAACUCUUGCAACUGAAUGCCGAUGUUGAAGCUAGUGACGAUAAUGGAAACACAGUGGUCCAUCUAGCGGCUGCAAGUGGUCAGCAUGAAAUAAUUGUUCAGCUUGCAUCUCUUGGCUGCAGUAUAGACACAAAAAAUAAAGACAUGAAAACACCUCUCCAUGUUGCUGCCGAAUAUGGACAAGGAAUAGCCAUGGAGUACUUGCUAAUGUGUGGCUGUAAUCCGAACAUUAGAGAUAAGAAUGAGAAUCUGGCUAACACGUUCAAAUUACCUACCCAAAUGAAACAUGCUGUAGCAAAACGUAUAAGACAGUACAACGAAAACCAUUCAUCAAGACAUACUUCAGGUGAGAUAAGCUACGAUUGUCGAAUGGUGCCUCUCGGAAAACAAGUGGAUCUAGCUCGCCUUGGAAUAACAGUGUCAGUAGAAUGUAAAAAAGACAACUCCAUAAAUGCUAAACCAAUCAUCUUUAUACACCGUACACCAGCCGACUCUGCUCACCUUGAUAUUACGUUGAAAGGUCUAGAAGAGAUUCUCAGUGAUAUUUAUGAGUUACGUGUGCUGUGUUUGGAGGCCGACUGUACAUUAAUGAUCGAGGUUCCUCUGGAUGGAUAUCCUGGAAUGUUUGAAAGUUAUCUGAAAACAACAGAUAAUGAGGAAUAUAAAGAGCACAAGACUUCAGAAGAAAACGGGGUACCAACCUUUGUUGCUAAGCUGCCAAUCAGCAACAAUACUGUUAAGAAAUUUGCUGUUUUGGCACGUCCCAGAGUGUACCAGCACAAGAUUGGUCCUAGUGCUCAUACAAUUAUGUCAGAGUUAAACAGGAAUAUAAGAGUGGAAGUACCGGCCAAGACAUUUGAAAACACCAUAGAUGUAAAUGUCCAGGUUAUUGAGACAGGGAAUUUUGAGAGAAAUCCAGAUCGCAUUUUUGCCGCCGACAUAAUCCAUUUAUCUGCUGCUAGGCAACCGUCUGACAAAGUCAGACUUCAGGUACCAUUACAUAAAGACGUCAAAGACAUUGACGAUGUUGUGGUAUUCAGUGUUAACAACGAAGAUGACUUAGAAGACGACAGAAAAUGGAGGGAAAUAGACAGUCCCAUUAAUCCACAAAAUGGCUGCAUCUCCUUUUGGAUCAAACGAUUCUGCAUUUAUGUGCCGAUUGUACUAUCAAAACACAUGGGUAUCAGCACAGACGCAGCAAAGAAGAAGGCAAAGGAACGCAUCAAAAGCGCAUUACAUAGAGAAACGUCUGUGCUAUUUUUCUAUGCACUUUGUCCGAAGAAAGACUCCCAUCUGGUAAUCUUUGAAUGCACAACCCCCGGGAGAUUUCAAAGGCGUUUCGAAUUUUGGGAAAAUGAAGGAUUCUUUUUUCACCCAGAAGUUAAACAUUCUGGACAUUUUCAAGCACGGCCGAAUCAGUCAUUUUCAUUUGAUGUCACUGGCAACAUGAAGUAUGUCGGAAAUAACAGCAGAAAAUUGAAACUUACAUUUAACCCGAGAUCGUACAAGUUCCAGUCAUUUUACCUGACAAGAAUUGAUAAAAACCUGCCUCAAAUUGGCGAAUUUCAAGUAUUUACGGAUUUGCAAGAUGUUGAGGCAAAGACUGGGACCCAGGAAGUUCUUGUAACAAGUCUUCCGAUUGAAAUUCCACAAGCGAAUACUUGCGUCAUUGCAUAAUUAAUUUACUUCCUAUCAAACGGCAAAGUGUCGAUGUGGGGAGAUAUGGACCGCGUCAAUGCUGUUACAACGAUUGUUCUUACAGAUGCCACAAAUAUAUAAAGAGACUAAAAUACAAUAUAUAAUGUUAGAUUACUCUAGUUUACGUGCUGUUUGAGUGUUAUGUUUUUUGGAUAUUUUAUUCACUGCUUUUAUAUAGAUUUAUGUCAUUUGCCGUUAUGACUGUUUAACUCUUGUAAUAAAAUUGAUUUGUUAAAUGGGCGUUAAGUGUCCGUUUUACAGUAUUAUAACUUGUUUAUUUGUAUAAA